CGGUGUUUGACGGGGACAAACGCCCUUCAAGCGCUGCGGAACCACGGCUCGUUCUCACUCUCGGAUUGGAACCUGGAACCGAAUCGCUUCACUCUGGCCUUGCCAGAUACAUAUCAGACUUCGGACCUGGAAGUCUCCUCAUCAAGGAUAUUCAAAAGACUUCGAUCAUCGACGAGCAACAAAAUUCAUAUACAGUAGAUCAAAAAAUGGAUCACCAACUGGGAUCACUGAGGAGUCUCUUCCGUCCCAAGGAUGUCAGCUCAGAGAGGAAUCGCAGUAAGGCCAAAAACUUUGAUAAGACUGCAUCGGCGAACGUGCAGAAGUUGGGCUCCAAAGUGAUUGUGGCCUCUCAUACAGUCCGAAAUGCUGACGCUGAAUCGUCCCAAGGCAAAUUGGGACAAGCCUUUAGCAAUAUGUUGGUAUCCCUCAAGAACGUGGUAGUGGGCAACAUGUUACCUGAAAGCAUAUCUCCUCCCAGGUUUUCCUCGGGAUCAAUCCAAGCUUCUAAACGUGGAUACGGCAAACUCCUCACGGACAUGGACUCGCCAUUUCUCUCCCGACGUCAAAUGGAACUCACGGAACGUGUCCCAUCCACCCAUGCCAAACCGGAAUGCUCGGCCACCCCUUUCUCAGAGCUCUCCAGAGCCAAAGCCAAGUAUUCCAACUCUAUCAAAUCAACUUCACUCCAUGGGAUUUCCGCCACUUCCAUAGUGUUAGAAGCUCAAAUCCCGAGAAGCAACUCCAUGGCUCCAGUGUUAGAAACCAAUAACAACUCAACUCAAUGCUCGUGGUCACCCAUUCCAUAUGAUUUGGAUCCCAAUGGGUACGAUUGCUACCCGCAUGACCUCGUGGACCACGACGACUAUUCUGGAUCCGAACUCUCAGACGAUGAAACUAGUUGGGAAGAGGACUUCUCCUGUGUGGUUUGCGAACGAGCCUUUUUCACUGCGCGACAACUGGAACGGCAUCAAAUUCGGAAACGACAUUGGGGAUGUGGCGAAUGUGACCGUCGGUUCAACUCCCAGAUGCUUCUGGAAUACCACAAGGAGGAGUUCAACCAUUGGUCUGAGGAGGAUUUUCCGUACGACUCCGAGGACGAGGAUUUCGAAUCCCUCCGGGAAGUGAUGAAUGAUGUGCGUGAGGAGGAGACGGAAUUUGGACCCGAUGAACAAGAGAAGGAAAUGUUGCUCUGAUAAGACGGUUGAGCGGGGUAUGGAGGGGUGGGUGGAGUGGUGGUGGUAUGGAUUCCAUGAAUAAAUACAUACUUAUUUAAUCCCUGUCAAA